AUGGUAGACUACAGCCAUGCGGCCUCAAGUGACGACGAGCAGCAACCUUAUGAUGACGAAGGCGGCCCGGCUUGGGAGACUGCGCCAGACAAUGACGACGAGGAAUAUGAAGCUGGUAGCGACGACGCGUUCUCUGAUCGGUCAAGAAGCAACGGUCAAGGAGAUGUCAGCGAUGGCGACUUCGAGGACGCUUGGCUGGAUGACUAUUUACCUGAUUCCCCAGCAGUUCCAGUGUCUGGCACGUCUACUGGCGAAUCUGAUGACGAGAGUGCGUCUCCGCAUCUCGUCGACAGCGAUAGGACCGCGUCUCGAAGGUCGAGCUUAGCACUAGAAGACGACACAACACCGUCUCUCAUGGUAGUAGAUGCUUCUGGUGAACCGGUAGCAAGUCUGUUGUCUCCGAGACUAGCAGGACUCACGGCUCUCAGAGGAAGCAACUCGUUCUCGGAGCGCAAUAGUGAGCCAGCGAUGAUUCACCCCAUUCCGGACUCAAUUCCACUUGAUAAAAGUGGUCGAAGCGAUUCAUCGCCGAUACUUUCUACGCCACUGACAUCAUUAUCGCCAUCCACUUCACCCUACAAGCGAGCGAACAGCCUUAUAACUCCUCGAUCCACUCCAACGACGAAGGCAUUCUCCGUCCAGCAGUCUAAUGGAACCGAUGACGGUCACACAAGUCUAUCCCGACCACGAUCGUGCUCGCAGUUCUGGGAUUCCGUUGAAAAUACAAAGAGAACUCCUUCACGUCUUCUAGACGAGACGAAACGCAAGGAGAUGUGGCAAGACUUGAAACGAGCAGAAGAAAACAUCGUAACACCGAGUAGCAAUAAGCAAGAUGAACUUUCGCCUUCACGCUUACAGAAAUACAAACGUGCAGCUUCGGAUGCUCGACUAGAUACGCUACUACAAACGCUUCAAGCAGAGAUAGCCUCGCCAUCGCAUCGUGAAGAACCAGAAAGGCAGCGAAAAGAGACUCGUCUUCAACGACACAACUCGAUGCGCAGCGCUUCAUCCAUGAGUCCUGUGGGUGAAAAUGGCCAAGACUCUGGUUCCUUUUUCAGACGAUCUCGAGCGCCACGAGCCUCUAUCGCAUCCUCCACCCCGUCUUCUCUAUCGCCUGAGCCAACGUUGCCCACUGUUCCGUUGCCAGAUUUCGAGAAAUUGCAACAAGAGAAGCAGAAUCUGCAACACGACAAGCAAAUUCUACAGCAAGAAAAACAAACUUUGCAACACGAAAAACAAAUAUUACGAGCGGAGGUGGAGAAGAGUCGUGAUGAUUCUGCAGUCGACAAGGAGAAACUUCGACUUCUUACCGAAAAAUUGCAGCAAUUGAACGAAAAGAUGAUGCAGCUCAGUGAAAAACAACAUCAACUUGAUGCUAUUGAAAGAGAGAAUCGAAAUCUAAAGGAAGAGACACAGAAGCACGAGAUGCAGGCUCUCAGCUCGAACGAAUUGGUCAAGACGCUUCGUGAUCAACUCACACUCACCAGCAAGAGUGAAGAGCAGUUGAAAUUGCAAACUAAGCAACUUAUGGAGCAAAACCAGUCACUACAGGCAGAUCUCUUGGAAAAAAUUGCCUCCGAGACGAGCAAGUUUCAAAAAAUGGCAAAGCUUUCGGCUGAGAAUGAGUCACUAGUGGAAGAACUUGAGCGAAAGGAACACGCCAUGAGGGACCGCGGUCUUGAGGAGCACCAACGUAUGCGAGGCUUGGUCAUUCACGGACUAUUGCGCUCCAAACGACGAGAUACUCUUCGUUCAGCGCUAUUCAACUUGUCCACGUCAACUCGAUCCGUGACUGCAAAUCGCCUUCGUGCCCUCACGCUGCUAUCAAAUGCAGACCAUAGGCUUACCCUGAAACUGAAAGCCUUAGCCCUCAGUAAACUCAAGCACGUUGCACGCGUGACCACUCAAAUCGCAACGACGAAGAAGCUUCAGCAAAGUCUUGACACUGCGAAGAAAGAGUCCAAAGCACAUCGAGUUCUGCUUGGUGUGAUGCAUUUAGAUCGUCUCAUGGAUCAUUGGGAACAUCGUCAAGCUGCGAAAACUUUCACGACUUGGAGAGCAAUCCAACGAGAACAUUCAGUCCUAACACGAUCACUGGAGCUGGGUUUAUCCAAGCUGAAGCUGGUGUUCACUGCUCAGAAGAAAGCAGCAAUCCGUGGGGCCAUGUCUAAGUGGCAAUCGGCUACAACACGUGACAAUAAUCGAGGGAAUCUCGAGCGUUUGCUUCAGCUUGAAAGCAGCUUAACUGAAGCAAAAGAGUGCGUCUUCUCGUUAUCACGGGCGAAGACGAAGUUGGAAGAGAAGCUUCAAGCUUCUCGCGAUGAGAUUCAAUGCCUCACUGGCGAAUUGACAGAAAGCGGAUCGGAGCUGCAGCUUGUCAAGCACGGGUUCGUGACUACUGUGAUCCGUGAUGCCGAGCGCGCAUGGCUGCGUGCAAUAUUGACACAGUGGCGGAUGCAGACCCACGUGUCUGUUGCUACGAAAGAACUCCGGUUGCAGGUCGAAAUGGCUGAACUUAAAGCUGCUGAGCGCGACAAAUACUCCAAGUCUCUGGAUGACUACAGUCGCGUGCUACGUAGCGAUCUCGAGAGGUUCCAGUUCUUCUCGCUGGACAAACGCAUCACUGUAGACGUGCUCUCCAAGAAGCUACUUCGUGAAGAAGAGCGUUAUCGUCAGAUGGAAGAGCGGCAUGUUACUCUGGAGGAGAAGACGCAUGCGCUCAAGACUCAACUCGCUUCGUUCGUCGAAUGGGACGGGCUUGUGCUGCCGUUUUCCGUACUCGCGCUGUGCAAAGAUGUCGCCGUGAGUAACCUCCGCGAGCUCUUCCAGUUGCACGCAGCAGCCGAUAGUGGAGAGGGAGGGAGUAUUGACGGCGAAAGUCCAUCGCCUCGACUCGCUAUGUCCUCACUUGUUCGUAUACUCGAGUAUUCGUCCUUGCUAGAAGAGAAAGUCAUCGACCGGGAGGCUCUUGCUGAACGACUGGCCCGCCAUCUUCCUUCGUACGCAGUAGAGCGCGGUCUUCUCUUCCCAGACUUCGUGACGGGUCUGAACCAGUUCCUGAACGAUGUUUUCGCUGCCAGCAACACGAAGCACGAACAGUUAAAACGUUUCUGGGCCAGUUUGUUAUCCCUCCUAGGAGCAGUUCAAGGUCGUGCGAGUGGCACCGCUGGAGCUGCAUCGGGUAGUCGAGCUGUCAACGGUGCUGGCGAAAAUGGGACAGGCUUGUUGUUGUGUCCUCCACGCAAUUCUUGGGCGGGUCAUCUGAGCGACGACAUCCUUCAAAACCAGGAAAAACUGCUCGCAGUGCUUGAACACGAGACCGCAGUGGUAGAACGUGCCGUCAUGGAGAAAGCGUCUCUCAAGCACACGUACCAACCCAGUGAUCAUUCUUCAGCAGGCAGAUCAACUCGCAGCGGUAGUGCUGGCAGCUCGACAAUGCUCGAGUAUCAAUGUGAUCCACUUCUUCCUCCGGGAUCACCAUUACACUCCACCGCUGCAAGCGUAAAGUCAAGCAACUCAACCUCGUGUGAUGCUGCAAAUGCACCAUUCGGGGGAACUGCGGGGUUUUCAAUGGAGGCGUACGCAAACUGGCAUCUCGCUCCACAAGUGCGAGAUCUCUUCUUAGCUUUCCAUAAACCGUUGCUCAAACUUCUCGUUCAAUACUCCGGCGGCCAACGCUCUCCUGCCUUCGGUAACCAGUACUGUCUCAAUUCGACCGCGGUCUUCCGAAUGCUUAGUGAUCUCAAACUGCAUCCAAAUUUCCUGUCCAAAGACUUCGUUCAAGCACUGUUCGACCGGUUCCGCGAGGCAGGGGAAGGUGGUUUGUUGAUGUUGACACCACAAGGCUUCACGCUCUUGCUUGGCUCUUGUGCACUGGAGCUAUAUGCGCGAUCACUUGCGAGCAGUCAAACUAAACCGGAGUUCUUGCUGUCAGCUCGCGAGGUUCUUCUGUCUUUCUUCGGUGACUUGGGUUUACUGGCUGAGAGUGAUAUUUCCCCGACUUUGAAGCUAUGCUUCGUAGGUAUUGAUGUCGAGACGAUCCUUUGGCCACUCUUUGAGUACUACGCGAAGUCUGCAGAGGUCAAUGUCGGAGACGACACUCGAGUCGGGAUGACUGCCAUCACAUUUGAGCGAUUCAUGACGGAAAUCGCAGGCAAGGCUGCAGCUGAAUCGCGCACAAUAUUCCGGCGAGUAAUGCAGGACCUAAACAAGAGCCAAGAGCACGGUGUGAAUGGAGCAAAAGGUGACGAUCAACACUGGAGAAUACGCUUGGAUGAAUUCUACGUUGCCAUAUCUUACGUACAGACCCAACGAAGUCCAGGAACAACAUAUGCGACUCCAGGAGAAGCUGUACGACAGUGGCUACAGCAAACGCAAUAGG